AUGUCGGAGAUCCUGCUGGGUGCCCUAUUGCUACGCGCCUAUUGCUGCGCGCCACCCUCCGCUCGCCCUGCGCCCCCCUGCGCCUGCUCUGCCGCGACUUCCACGCCGAGGAGCUCUCCGUCUCCACCGUCGUCUCCCUGCUGGACUCCCUGGAGCCUGCCGCCGUCCGCAGAGUUGUUUCACGCUUCAACAACCUGGGGCUGGCGGGGCUGUGCGCAGUGCUGCCUCACCUCGGCCGCUUCCCCGCGCUGCGCAGCCUCAAGCUGCCCUACAGCAACGUGGACGUGCGCCGCACAGCCCCCGGGCACGGACGCCGGCAUCCGCUGCUUGGCCGCUCACCUCCGGGCCUUGCCUGCCCUCAAGGAACUCGAUUUGUACUCCUCCAGGCUUUCUGGGAGACUCAGGCAGCUCCUGGGCGGGCUGCAGACUCCCCUGGAGAGUCUGGCGCUGGCCUUCUGCUGCCUGCUCCCCUCCGACCUCAUCUUCCUGUCCUCGAGCCUCCACGCGCCCUCCCUGCUCCAGCUGGACCUGAGCGGCCACAACUUCACGUCCCCCAGACUCCUGCAACCCUUGCGGACGCUGCUGGAAGCCGCUUCGUGCUCGCUGCUGCAGCUGGAGAUGCUGGAGUGUCAGCUGGGGGACGCGGAGCUGGAGCUGCUGCUGCCGGCGCUGCGCCGCUGA